AUGGGUGUUACCAAGCAGAUCAUCAAGCAGGGCGACGGCGUGAACUUCCCCAAGAACGGCGACAACCUCCACAGUCUGACCCAUCUAGGNUUCGACUCCUCGGUCGGCCGCGGUGACUUCGACGUCCCUAUCGGUACCGGCAGAGUCAUCAAGGGCUGGGACCACGGUAUCGUCGAGCAGGACGGUGGCAUGUCCCUCGGCGAGAAGGCCACUCUUACCAUCACCCCCGACUUCGGUUACGGUGCUCGUGGUUUCCCCGGUGCCAUCCCCCAGAAUGCCACUCUUAUCUUCGACGUCGAGCUCAAGGCCAUCGGCAACAAGAGAGCUUAA